ACGGGCAGUGGGGCACCUUCAGAUCAGCAUGAGGGAGUGCCUGUCUAUCCACAUUGGCCAAGCCGGUGUCCAGAUUGGGGGUGCUUGCUGGGAGCUCUAUUGCCUGGAACAUGGAAUCCAGCCAGAUGGCGUUGUUCUCGAUGGUGGUCAGGAUCCGCUGGCACCUGCUAAAACAGAGCCCAUGGGUGCAUCUUUCGAUUCCUUCUUUUGUGAGACCAGAGCUGGGAAGUAUGUGCCCAGAGCACUCUUCAUGGACCUGGAGCCUACUGUCGUAGACGGGAUGCGUGCAGGCAGCUACCGCUCACUCUUCCACUCUGAGCAGCUCGUCAGUGGAAAAGAAGAUGCUGCAAACAACUAUGCCCGAGGUCGCUACUCUGUGGGGCCGGAGGUCCUCGACUUGGUGCUGGAGAGGAUCCGCAAGCUGGCGGAACACUGCAGUGGGCUUCAGGGGUUUCUGAUCUUUCGAAGCUUUGGAGGAGGCACUGGAUCGGGAUUUACGUCUCUCUUGUUGGAGCAGCUCUCCGCAGAAUACAGUGGGAAGACUAAAUUGGAGUUCUCCGUCUACCCAGCCCCUAGGAUCUCAACUGCUGUAGUGGAGCCUUACAACUCCAUCCUCACCACCCACCCCACCAUAGAGCACGUGGACUGUACCUUCCUGGUGGACAACGAGGCCAUCUACAACAUCUGUCAUGGCAAACUUGACCUUGAAUGCCCCUCUUAUGCCAGCAUCAACAGGCUGAUCAGCCAGGCAGCAUCUUCCAUCACUGCCUCCCUCCGGUUUGAAGGCAUCCUGAAUGUGGACCUGAUUGAAUUCCAGACCAACCUGGUGCCUUACCCACGGAUACACUUCCCAGUGACCAGCUUCGCCCCCAUCCUGUCUGCUGAUAGCACCCACCACAAGGAGCCCUCCGUGUCGGACAUCACAGCUGCAUGCUUUGAGCCCUCCCACCAGCUAGUCAGGUGUGACCCUUGCCUGGGGAAGUACGUGGCCUGCUGCCUGCUCUACAGAGGGGAUGUGGUCCCCAAGGAGGUGAAUGCGGCGAUUGCGGCCACAAAGUCGAGGAACUCUAUUCAGUUUGUAGACUGGUGUCCGACUGGAUUCAAGGUGGGCAUCACUGAUCGACCCCCCCGGGAGGUGCCAGGAGGGGACCUGGCCGAGGUCCAGCGGGCAGUCUGUAUGCUGAGCAACAGCACGGCGGUCGCAGAGGCCUGGGCCCGUCUGGGCCACAAAUUUGAUCUCAUGUUUGCUAAGAGGGCGUUUCUGCACUGGUACAUCAGGGAGGGCAUGGAGGAAGGUGAGUUCGCAGAGGCCAGGGAGGACUUGGCGGUCCUGGAGAAGGAUUAUGAGGAAAUGGGGAGAAGUCUCUGAUGCAGAUCUGACUGGUGACAAUAAACGCCGAGUUGAAGAGUCACGCUUUAUGUUUCAAGGCUAGAGUUUCAUCGAUGAGAAGAAAAAGGAAAUUAAGUCAAGCAAGACCCCAAGUUCCAUGCUCGGUCAAAUGGGGGUCAACAUUAACAGUAAGCCUGGACUUCCCUGGUGGCCCAGUGGUUAAGAAUCUGCCAGCCAAUGCAGGGGACAUGGGUUUGAUCCCUGACCUGGGAAGAUCCCACAUGUUGCGGAAAAUAAAUAAUUAAACAAAUAAAAUACCAACAAUGUACCACUUUGCCUGUUUUCAGCUCACACUGUUGUUGCCACAGAGGACAGUGACUGCAGUUUGGUAGAAAUGAUGUGUAUAAACACAUACUUUUCACCAUGUUCUCACGCACUCCAGUCAAGCUAGACAGCUUGCCCCUGCCCAUGUUUUUCUCUCUCUUGACUGCUUCUCUCUCUCUCGGUUUCUCUCUCUCCUCUCUCAUUCUUUCU